UAAACACAUUCCUCGCAUCAUGUGCCAUCGUGCCACUUUAUGUACCGGUGCGGUAAGCAACGAGAACCUAAUAAAUUCCUCUCGUCUAACCAAGUCCGCCACUCUCCGGCGGGCUCUCCCAAACUCUCCAGUCUCCUCCCUCCGAGUAAACGAAGAGAAAAAAAUGGGAAGCCUCGACUCAGAUACCACCACCACCGUGGGCUUCUUCCUUUCGGACAAGUCUGCCAAGGUGUUCGUCGCCGGCCACCGUGGCCUCGUCGGCUCCGCCAUCCACCGGAAGCUGGUCUCCCUGGGCUUCACCAACCUCCUCCUCCGCACCCACGCGGAGCUGGACCUCACCCGCCAGUCCGCCGUCGAGUCCUUCUUCGCCGCCGAGCAGCCCCGCUACGUGAUCGUCGCCGCCGCUAAGGUCGGAGGCAUCCAUGCCAACUCCACCUUCCCUGCCGACUUCAUCGGUGUAAACCUCCAGAUCCAGACCAAUGUCAUCGACGCCGCGCUCCGCUGUGGCUCCGUCCGCAAGCUGCUCUUCCUUGGCUCCUCCUGCAUCUACCCCAAGCUCGCCCCCCAGCCCAUCCCUGAGUCCGCCCUCCUCUCCGGUCCACUCGAGCCCACCAACGAGUGGUACGCCGUCGCCAAGAUCGCCGGCAUCAAGAUGUGCCAGGCCUACCGCCUCCAGCACGGCCUCGACGCCAUCUCCGCCAUGCCCACCAACCUCUAUGGCCCCUUCGACAAUUUCCACCCGGAGAACUCCCACGUGCUCCCCGCUCUCAUCCGCCGCUUCCACGAGGCCAAGGUUUCUGGCGCUAAGGAGGUCGUCGUCUGGGGCACCGGCUCCCCCCUCAGGGAGUUCCUCCACGUUGACGAUCUUGCUGAUGGUGUUGUCUUCUUGAUGGAUCGGUACUCGGGGCUGGAGCACGUGAAUUUGGGCAGCGGCAAGGAGGUGAGCAUCAAGGAGCUGGCCGAGAUGGUCAAGGAGGUGGUGGGUUUCCAAGGGGAGCUUGUCUGGGAUGCGACGAAGCCGGAUGGGACCCCGAGGAAGCUCAUGGAUAGCUCGAAGCUGGCGAGGAUGGGGUGGGAGGCGAAAAUCUCACUCAAGGAUGGGCUCGUCAAUACCUACAAGUGGUAUGUGGAGCAUGUAGCAAAGCAGCAACAGCAGUGAUGUUCUGAUCGUCUGGUGGUACCUUUUUUUCUCUUCUUCCAUUCGUGUUCUACCUGAUGGUUUUCGAUUACAUUGUCGUCGUCGUUGUUGUUCUCAUAUCAGUAUGCUUUUGGGGAGAGGACUUAAUUAAGAUCAAAUUGUUAUCUACAUGCAUAAUCCUGGAUGGAUUUGUAAUGCUAUAUUCUUGUUGAUUUUACGAAUAAAAGAGCAGCGCUUUGCUUGUUAGAUUAAAUCAAAA